GAGAAAGUUUAGUGAGAGUCAGAGAGAGAAAAUGAAAGAUGAAAUAUAAAAUUGAAAAUUUAGUCUAGAGAGAGAAACAAGAAAAGUAGGGAGAGAGAGAGAAGUUUUCCCUCAUUCUAGAACCGUAGAACGAGAAAAAUUUGAGAGAUAGAGAGAAAGAGAGAGGAGCAAUUUAGCUCACAUGAAGAUUGAUUCUCAGAGACUCAUUUCAAGAUUUUUUCCUCAGAUCAUAGAGAGAGAAAGUAGGGAAAGUGUGUAAGUGAGAGAGAGAAAGAGAGAGAGAAUAUAUAUUUAAUAAUUUUAGAUCUUUUUUUUUUUAUUCUGAAUUACACGUAUUAAAUGUUAGUAUAUGUAUUAGAUCCUUUGUGAUAAUAUAUAUAGUCGGAGGCUAAUCUUGUUGUGUUGUCUGAAAUCUGUAAUUUGGGCACAACUUGCCGGGCGAUAAAGAGUGAAGUAUUCUCUGCAAUUAGAGAGAGAAAUUGUUCAGAGAGAUUACUGGAAUUAGGAUAUCGGUGUUCGCGUUGGAUUGUGCCGCCGAUUGAUCGUUCCGGCGGCGAUGGCGGAGCGGAGAGAACGGACGGUGGAGGAGUUGUACAAUGCGACCGAGUCGAUUGAGAAGCCGGAGGCAUAUAACACCAGUCUUGAGAGGGAGUUAUCUGAUGCAAGGGCCUGUCGAUGAGGCGGAUCAUGACAUUGAGAAGAAUAUGGUAUCUCCUCAACCUGAAACAGAAUUGGGUAAGUGUUCCAUGAGUAAGAAAGUUCAUAUGAGAGGCGAGUCUGGGACUUGUAACCUGUGCUCUGCUCCUUGUUCAUCUUGUAUGCAUCUGAACCGAGCUCUCAUGGGGUCAAGGACUGAGGAGUUUUCUGAUGAAAGCUGCCGUGUAAAUGCGGUCAGUCAGUAUUCUGUAAAUGAGAGUGGUACUUUAUCUUCUCUUAAGAGUAGAGCAUCUGAUAACUUACAGCAUACCACCAGUGAAACAAGUAACCUCCACAGUGUUAAUUCCAGUCAUGAUUCUUUCUCUGAAAAUGCUGAUAGUAAAUCAACCUUAAGGUCGACUAUUAUAUCUGAUGCUUUAGAUGUUGAGAUGCUUACAAAGUUGGCUUCUGGAGGAACGAUUGCUGAGGAUCAACUUUCUUCCAAACCACAAUGCGGUUUGGAUCAGAGAACCUUCUCAAAUAAGUAUGUGGAAAUUAAGGAAGAAGGCCAUGAUGAUAACAUUUCAUGUGUUAGACCCAAUGAUGCUACUGUAGUGGUCAGUAAUCAUAACAGGAAUAUAAAUAGUAGCACAGCUUCAGUUAGUAGUUUAGCUCUAGAGGGAUCAUGGAAGGUGACCCAAUUCAACAAGUUAGGCUCAUCAGAGAUUCCAUCUUCUAAAGAUGCAGAUGCUAGCAGUAGAUCACUGAAUGAGCAAAGUCCAUACACCGAUUCUCAUAAUGCUAAAUCUCUUUCUUACAAUACAAACUUAACAGAUUUAGAAGAGAAUCCUUCUUCUCAUAUCCAGAAUAAAGUUCCAGAAUGCUCAAUGGACCAUAUCAAUUCAUCAUUAACUAAAGAGGUGGCAUCUGAAAUUGCUUCUGUCCGUAAGUCAGUUUCAUGUAAAGCUCACAUUGGUGGAAGUUCUGAGGUUUCAAUGAAAAGUUAUACGAAGUCAGAAGCAGAGGCUAACAAGGAUAGUGGGGACCGAACAGAUGAAGAGUUGAAAUCUUCAGAUCAAGAUGAGCACAACGAUAAGUCUAAGGAGUUGGUUGAGUCAUCUGACAUGCAGGAGCCUCCGUUGCAAUCUGGUUCUGGAGAUGAGAGUGAUGAAUCGGACAUUGUGGAGGAAGAUGUAAAAGUAUGUGAUAUUUGUGGGGAUGCAGGUCGUGAGGAAAAACUUGCUAUAUGUAGUAGGUGCAGUGAUGGUGCAGAGCACACCUAUUGCAUGCGAGAAAUGCUCCAGAAAGUUCCUGAAGGUGACUGGCUGUGCGAAGAAUGCAAGUUCGCUGAGGAAUCUGAAAACCAGAAGCAAGGUUCAGAAGUUGAGGGAAAAAGAACAAACAAAAUUAGUUCAAGUACACAUGUUUCUGCCAAGAGGCAUGCAGAAAAUGUAGAAGUGGCUUCAGCAAAAAGGCAGGAGCUUGAAACAGGUACUGAAUCACCAAAGCCGUUGAGUCCCAGUAGAAUAGUUACUGGAUCACCAAGGCCAUCAAGUCCCAGCAGAAUAGUUGCACUUUCUCGGGAUUCUUCAUUCAAGAGCUUAGAUAAGGGGAAAGUUAAGUCAGCUCAACAUAAUGAUAUUUUGGAAACUGCACGCUUUCCUACCAUAGGUCCACGGCUUCAAACACCCAAGGGUACUUUGUUAAAAUCUAAUUCAUUCAGCACCGUAAAUUCCAAAUCAAAAGUUAAACUUGUAGAUGAAGUUGUUCCUCAAAAGCAGAAGGGCGCUAGAGAAUAUACUUCCAUUGAUACAAAGGAGGGGGCUGCUAGAAUCAUGAGCAAAUCUAUGUCAUUUAAAUAUGCAAACUCAGGACGUAGCAAUGCUACUGAAUCAAAAGUUAGAAUGCUUUCACCUAAAUUCAACCAUGUUCAAGAUCCGAAAGGACUGAAACAAACAAAAGAACGUGGUACAUUUGAAAGAAAAAAUUUAUCUAAAUUGGAUCGCCCUCUGGUCAGUUCAACAACAGCUAAUGCCACCGUUUCGACGCCUAAGGUUGACCAAAAGCUUGCAUCGCGUGGUGAAACCAGUUUGCCUUCAUUUGUAAGCAACAACCGAGAGUCGAAGGUUGUCCAGUCUGAUGGAAAAUCAAGUUUAUCAAAAGUAACCAGCAGUCUAGGUCGUAAAGGUGUAGAAGUUCCAGUUACUUCAGGAUCAACUGAAGCUAAGAUAUCAUCUUUGUGUUUGCCUAAUGCUGUUGGAGCUUCAUCUACUAGUGGAAUGUUCAGUUCUGCUGAACAAAAGUUGAACAAGAUUAGCCCCAAGGAUGAACCCCCGUCAAGUUAUUCUUUGAAUGCUGAGAGACCAUCCAAUACUGUUGAUGGAACUGUGCAAGAUGGGUUGCCUAUGACAAAUCAUUAUGAGAAAACUAGGGAGAGUUCCAGUAUUCGCCCAAGGCCUACUGCUACAAGUGCUUCAAAAACUGUUUUCUGUCAAAAAUGUAAAGACAUUGGGCAUGCUACAGAGUUCUGCACAAAUGGUACUCCACAAGCUCCUGGUAUUGAUGUAUCUGUUGCAAGAAGUUCUAGAGAGGAAAUGCAUGAAGGCAAUAAGUUGAAAGCUGCAAUUAAUGCGGCUUUGCUUAGAAGACCUGAAAUUUACAGGAAGAAAAGAGUGCUUGAUCAACCUGAUGAGUCGUCCUUGUCAAGCACAGACUUGAAUUAUGAAAUAUCUCCUCAGGAUCAAUUGUUGGCUUCGAACAAGUCUAAGAAUAUUAUGUCCACUGAAGGAAGUUGUGAAAGGCAAGCCAUUGGGAGUUCUGCCUUGGACUCUUACAAACAUACUACUGUCAAUAAUUCGAAGCAGUUUAGUUUGCAGCCCACUGAUGUUUUUUCUUCCAAAGUGGGUGACUCAGAUUCCACUGUGGUUUCUGUUGGCAAGCCUACAAUAAGAGAAUUUCCUAGUCAAGCUUCAACAACAACAUCUGUUCUUCUGAAGACAUCAGCCAUUCCCGAAUAUGAUUUUAUCUGGCAUGGGGUUUUUGAGGUGAAUAAAGGUGGAAAUCUUCCAGACUUGUGUGCUGGAAUUCAAGCUCAUCUAUCAACUUGCGCAUCACCUAAAGUUCUGGAAGUGGUGAACAAGUUUCCCCCCAAAGUUCCCCUGCAUGAAGUACCUCGCUUGAGCACAUGGCCAUCCCAGUUUUAUGGAAGUGGUGCUAAAGAAGAUAACAUUGCUCUAUACUUUUUUGCCAAAGAUCUUGAGAGUUAUGAGAGAAACUACAAGAGCCUUUUGGACAGUAUGAUCAAGAAGGAUUUAGCCCUCAAAGGAAACCUUGAUGGUGUUGAACUUUUGAUAUUCCCAUCCAACCAACUUCCUGAGAAGUCACAGCGUUGGAAUAUGUUGUUCUUCCUAUGGGGUGUUUUCAGGGGAAAGAGGGUGAAUUGUAUUGAUUCGUCAAAGAAGUUGCAUAUUCCUAGUUUGAAUGUGGUUCCUCUGGACAAAGAUAUUCCCCCUGCUGUUAUGACUUUGUCUGAGAAUCUAUGUUCACCAAGGCGUAUAGAUGAAGAAUUACCUACAUGUGACAGAGCUUGCACCAUGGUCCUAACAUCCAAUGUCCCUAAUCAGAUGCAUGUCACAGUAAGUGGGGGUUGUGAUAGCAACAAAACUUCUCUUGAACAGACGUCUUCAGGAUACCAAGAAGAUUUGGAGCAGCAAGAUAGUAGACUUGACUCCAAGUCCAUUUCAAAGAUAGGAACGAGCACUGCGCAAGUGAGCCAAGCAAUGAGACGCGGCAGCUCUUCCCUGGUAGAACCUAGUCUUCCGGACAGAUUAGGUGCAGAGCUCAAGGCCUCUCUUCAAGCAACUGAAAAGAGCGGCUCCAAUGAUGGCGACAAGGCACAAAUGCUUUGGGACACUUCAUCUGAUGGAGAAAAUAAGUUGUUCUUGAAAAUUCUUCCUGUUGGCAAUAAAGACGUGGGUAUGUUGGGGAGUGUUGGUGAGGACAAAAUUCAGGAUAGAAUGAACGGAGUUCGAGAUCAAGUUAAACUUGAGAGGGAGUUGAAGGAAGAUGCUGGGUAUAUGGACAGUGGGGCAGCUUUGUUGGACAGAGACCUGACCAAUCGCAGGAUACGUCCAUAUUUGGAUCUUUCAGAGACAGCUCCUCAAACUUCUAGUGACACGGGUCAGAAGAGGCCUUGGAAUGAAAUCAAUAGUGUGUCAGUAGAUGAAGAAAGUGCUGGUAAGAGGCUGAAGUCAGGUUUCAGUGUAAUGUCCGGACAUAGCAAUUCUAGAGGUAGAAAUUCUGGGAAUGAUAAUUUUGCUCCUCAGGUAAUUGAUCCAGGUUCCGUCUCCUGUAUUGAGGAGAAGAAAUGUGAAGAAGCUUGUGAUGAGAAAGUUAUUCGGGAGGACUUGGGAAGUACUGAAAGGUACUUCUUUCCUGUGGAUUCACAAAGGGGAAAGGAUUUUGUAUUUGGGGACAACUCUGUGCCAUGGAAAAAGCACUCAUCAGAUUGUGAGGACAAAUUACAUGAUGACGUUCCAAAUCUCGAGCUUGCUUUAGGGGCUGAAAUGAAACCACCAAAUAAGGGAAUGCUGCCUUUCUUUGUCGGGACAGUACGCAAGAAAAAUGAUCAAGUCAAGCCUCCAGACAAGGUGAAAGAGGAUGAUGACGACGACGGUGUCUCUGCAUCCCUUUCCCUUUCUCUCUCAUUCCCGUUCCCGGACAAAGAGCAGACGGUAAAGCCUGUUUCAAAGGCAGACCAACUCCUGCCCGAAAGACACAAUUUGAAUAACUCACUGCUUCUCUUCGGGGGCUUCCGGAACAAAUAGAACUGCGACCAUGUUUGCAGUAUGUACAUUAGCGUGUGCCCACAUGGUUGUGUUGAAUGUUUACUGUGGAUCAUAUCCGCUGAUCUCCAGUGGGCAUCAUAGGGCGGACCCAUUUUCCAUAUGUUCAUAGCCAUACAGGAUUUACUAAUUCUUUUUUUUUUUUCUUUCAUUUUAGAUUUUCUGGUCUUUUUUGAGUGCAUACUUACGGCUGAUUGUAUAUAAAGAGAACGAAAGCCGGCACAAUAUCGAAAUGUCCGUAGGACUUUUACAGACCAAUGCGUUCGUCAUAAGGAUUUUUCCCUC